AGCAUCAUCUUCUUCCCUCCCAUCAUACAGACUUAAGUUUGAGAGUAUUUUACAAUGGCCGACAUGGAAGUUGACACUCCUGUUGAGACCGCACCCGCCCCAUCGACAGCAUCGAAAAAGAAAGCUGAUGGAAAGGACAAGAAGCGUUUCGAGGUUAAGAAGUGGAAUGCCGUGGCGCUCUGGUCGUGGGACAUCGUCGUCGACAACUGUGCCAUCUGUAGAAACCAUAUUAUGGACCUCUGCAUCGAUUGUCAAGCAAAUCAGGUAUCUGCAACAUCAGAGGAAUGUAAUGCGGCAUGGGGUAUUUGCAACCACGCAUUCCACUUCCAUUGCAUUGCGCGAUGGCUAAAGACUCGGAAUGUCUGUCCGUUGGAUAAUAGGGAAUGGGAGUUGCAGAAGUAUGGUCGGUAGAGAAGCUUACGAUACGAUGUAUUGUCGAUUGCUACAACUUCACGCCACUUGCGGGAUGUACACUAAAGACCACCUCAUUUCUCAUGUUUUCUAAUCAAACUGUUGUGCUUGAAAAACGAGCUGAUUUUCAUACGGAGCGAGAUAACUCCUACUCUGC